AUGGCUGGCGGGAAGAGCUCCCACCCAGAAUGCCACUUCGCGGCCUCUGGCGUGGCUGCGAUAAUCAAUUUCCCUCUGUGGAGAGCUGCAGCAAUCGGCCAGAGCGGCUUUGACAGAGCAACGAGCAUGGAAAGUAAUUUCUUUCAAAGGUAUUUGGAAGCUCUGAAACCACCGUACAAAGGGGUUGCAGCGACAAUUAUUGGGAUGACGUGGGCGCGCGCCUUCAUCUUCUACGGAAGCGAUCGAGGCAAGCGCAAGCUGGAGGAGCUAGGGUGCUCAAGUCGGGUGGUGACGGUGGCGGUGCCGCCUCUGGUCUUCUCCACCGUGGUUCAGUUGAUUAACAUGCCCAUCAUCCGAGCAAGCAUUACCAUCCAGAACCCGGACUCGAAGUUUUCCUCCGUGAGGGAGUCGCUGGCAGCCAUUUACAGAAAAGGCGGAGUUGGUGCGCUGUGGCACGGCACUUCCGCAGGGGUCAUGAAGACCGUGCCCAAGUAUUGCGUCGCGGUAACCGUCAAGGACUACAUGGAACGGAACCUCGCUCCCGCCGACCACGGGGACCGAUGGGGGACGCUGUGGCGCUCCGCCCAGAAAUCGGUGGCCGCCGGGGUGGCCGGCGCCGCCCUCACCAACCCGCUGGACGUGCUGAGAAACGAGAUGUUCAAGACGGACCUGGGCGUGAGAGACGCGCUGGCCAAGCUCAGGCGAGAGGAGGGGGCGGGGUUCGCCGUUCGCGGGAUGAGCAAGAACCUGGUGGCCGUCGCGAUCCCGAUCACGGUGACGAUUUUCGUGACGGAUGUCCUGGUGCGUGUGGUUGAGGAGUGAGGGGAGGCGCGUGCUUGGGUGGCAAGGAGGAGGGCGGGGAGGGGGAGGCUAUUGCUGAGAAUGCUCUCGCUGUCUCUCUCGCUCGCUCGGUCUUUUUUCUGGCGGAGAGGGGCGACAGGAAUCAAUCGUGUGGUGACAUUGGUGUGCUGUGUUGUGGGAGACCUGUAGCGGUCGAGAACAGCAGCCUUGCCGGAUAGCCGGAGCCAACGUCAGAGGAGUGGCGAGAGAGACAAUCUUCUCUUCUUGUCUCUCUCCAACACGAACGGAAAGAGGAGGGGCGGUUGACUUGUAACCCCGUGCGUGAGUGCGGAAUGCGGCAGACCUAUAGCGGUCGAAGAGCAGCCCCCCCGGGUGGAAGAGGUGGUUAGCGAGCACGCCCCGAGUCACCCUGAUGGCUCCAACGAGGUCCGGCGCGAAUGGUGCGCCGGGCGGGGGAAGAGAAGGGAACGGCGCCUUCCAUGUGCCUUAUGUCUCUUGAUGGAGGCGGAAAGAGGAUAGCAUUCCCACAUGCCACGGUGGAUCAGGCGCGAUUGGUGCGCGGGGGGGGAAGAGAAGGCAAUGCGUCUCCCAUGCGACUCAUUUAUCUGGGCGGAUACGGAAAGAGGACAGCAUCCCUACUUGCCACCGCGGUUGUGGUUGCCUUGUGUUAUGUUCCUGCAGGCCUGUAGCGGUCGUGGAACUACAACCGUUCCGAUUUUGAGGGGGCAAACGUUGCAGUAGGUCUGCAGGGCGGUGCCAAAAUAAGGUAUUGUUCAUUCGGAGUUUUGCAGCGCCGUGCCACGAACGGGUAUGAGAUCACGGAGCGGGCGGCUCUUGGGCCGCACGCGGAAGGAAUAGUCUGGAGGGUUUCGCCUCGUCUUGGAGGGAGAAAACACGUUAUGUUUCUGAUGUCUUCUUUCGCUUCACGUCUUACCGUGUCUCGUGGCGAUUAUGGGUGUCGAUUCGGAUGGAAGCAAGUACAAUAGGCAAGAGCUUGUUGUUGUCAUGCGGCGCUGGCUCCCUCGCGAGUAAUUUUGUCCUUGCCUGUUCGAAACCCCUUUGUUUCUCCUCAAAGCUUCGAAAAGUAUUCACCCCCACAGAUAAUUUUACUGUUGCGAGACUCAAAAGAGGUUUGCGUUCUGUUGUAUAUGGUAGUCUCAGUCGAGGCAGGUUGCUCGCCCCCCUCUUUUCGGUAUCGGGGCGCGAACUGCGUCCACAAAGGCUUGCGAGGGGUACCACAAGAGCCCAACGAAGGGUGUUCUGCCUCGGUUUUUCGUGUGACGUUCGCCCUCAGAGAGAAUUUCCGUUGGAAAUUUCGGGGAGCUGUCCGCUUUUGCUGUGCCGGAGCACGCCUUUCUGUUGCUGUGGUCGUGUGUGUUCGGGGCUCGAGCAGCCGGGGCUCCCUCGAUUGUGGUGUUUUGUAUGCAUGGCCGAAACGAUUAGCGGUGUCAAAUGUCUAUCGAUCGGUUUUGGUUUUGUGGUUCUGGUCCGUUUUGUGGUGCGUGAAUGGGGUGGAAUUUUGAGGCCAUGUCGACAUGUUCGGUCGCUUUUUAAGUGUGUACGAUUAUCCGCGUGCUAGUGUUUUACUCUAGGUCGGUGUGGAUUGCCUUGAGCAUCCAGGUUCUACAUGUGCUUUGCUGUAUGUAUUGGGAGGGUACAACGGUUGGACGAGCAUAAAGAAAACGCACCCCUGCCAACAC